ACGUCACGUGCGUUUAAAUGCUCCGGGCCAGCCUUUCGUUGUGUUUGUUAGAAAGAAUCGGUGACUUCCAGGCUGGUGAUCCGCCGAGCUGAUCGAUAACAAUGGGGCAGCUGUUUACUAAACUGAUGAGCAUCUUCGGUAAUAAAGAGCACAAAGUAAUCAUUGUUGGCUUGGAUAAUGCUGGGAAGACCACCAUCCUGUACCAGUUUCUGAUGAACGAGGUGGUGCACACAGCCCCAACUAUUGGCAGUAAUGUUGAGGAGAUUGUGCUACGGAACACACACUUUCUAAUGUGGGAUAUUGGAGGACAAGAGACCCUUCGAGCUACAUGGAAUAGUUAUUACUCUAACACAGAGUUUGUCAUCUUAGUAAUUGACAGCACUGACCGAGAACGGUUACCAGAAACCCGGGAGGAGUUGUACAAGAUGCUGGCACAUGAGGAUUUAAAAAAUGCAGCUGUGUUAAUAUAUGCCAACAAGCAAGAUGUAAAAGACUCCAUGUCUGCUUCAGAAAUUUCUUCUUCAUUGGCACUCAGUGCUAUAAAAGACAGAGCGUGGCAUAUUCAAGGGUGCUGCGCCCUUACAGGAGAAGGGCUUCCUGCUGGGCUGGACUGGCUAAAGUCUCGUGUCACUGCCAACUGACCACGACGGGAACUUUUUUUUCUUUUUUGUGCACUGGACACUUUGAUCAUUUUUUUACCAUCGCCUGUUUUUUAUAUGGAAGGCAUAGCUUAUUUUAUACAUUAACGGAUGAGGUUUGGAACCAUGGUUACUUAGCUGUGGGUGUCUUUGAACUAUUGAACUCCAACAACGGCAUAAAGACUUUUUAGUUUACAAGAUAUCAAGACCAUUGGAGCAUUUUGCAACCUAAUGGUGGAACUCAAGGAUGCCACUUGGUUCAGACCACCGGUCUUCUCUAUGUAGUUCCUUCCUAAGCUGGCCAAAGACCAUAUUUUACAUUUCCACCUUGCAUCGGCAACCUUUUCGAAAUCCAGCUGCCUAUAUCGAUUGGUGAUAUAAGUAAAGCCAACCGUGGAACUUCUUUGGAUGCAGAAGGUGCCAAAAGUGGAUGAGGCCUAAGAUGCAACUACCACUGCCACCAAUGGGAGGAUAUUGUUGCCAUGGUUGAAAAGAUGUAUGCUGUUGUUCAACUAUUAGCAAGAAUCCAUUGGAAGGUCCCAUGUUCUCUACCUCCAGUCUCUGUACUGGAAUUGCAGUGACUGUUCUACUAGUGGUGUAGCUACUAAAGACAUUUCAAGAGACUGUUCCAUCAAACUUCCCAAUCACCCUAUGUAGGGGAGGGGGGGUAGGUAGGUUAACGUGACCUGUAUCCUUAGAGGAGUCAAAAGGUUCUUUCACUCGCCGUCAUCAUUUGGCGCAAGCAUUAAAGCCUAAGUUCACCUUUUCGAUAAAAUAGUUAGAGGAAUUUCGGUCCCUUUUUUUAAAAAUAAAUAUUUUUAUUUUGUUUUUACAAAGGCUCUUACCAGUUCAGCACUGUCUUCACCCGGGUCGGUUCUUCACUGGGCUUCAAAUCCUUAAUGCCGACAUCUUGGAUGUGGCUAGCUACUGAGUGCGCAUGCGCAAGAUCACGCUGCGCUUUCCCGCCGGUGAGGCUGUGACAUUUCCCAGCAGGGUGAGGUCAGGCGGGGCAUUGGAUAGAAGAACAUCCUGGACUGCCGCACUCCUUAAAACGAUGUGUUUGUUUAUUGUAUAAAUAAAAUCCAAAAAAACAACCAAAGCGAUGCAGUCAAAAUGAAGUGAACAACAGGAAAAAGGUGGCUGACAUGUUUCACAAAAUGUGAUGCUUACUGGUAGCUUAGGUCAGGCGGGGCUUGGGCCAAGCUCCUGUAGUUUAGUUUAUUGCCUAGACAAAAAUUGCUAAAACGGUUGUGGGUACCUGUGUGGUACCCAGGAGGGGGGAAGAGGGAUGAAAAUAACUUUUACAUUUAAGUAAAGUUCUACUUUAAAGGGAAAGCUCUGCGUGUCUGCUUUCUAACACCCCUCCACUGCCACAUUUGGAACAUUUGUUGGGGGUGGGGGAGUGGCUACCUGUUUUUUGACAGGUACCGCUCCCACUUUCGAUUGAGUUCGCUGUGGCCAAAUCGGCUGAAACCUCCUCUCCCACAGCCUUCUGGGACACUUCCCAGGAGACUGCAGCACGUCCACAAAGUGCAGCGUGUUUCAUGCACGCACAGUAGGAAACUGGUUGUGAAGCUGCAAGGCUUCUGACUUUAUUUUGGGGGGGGGGGGCUGGAGCUCCUCUUCAAGGGCCCCCAG